AGCUAUCUUGACCGAAAAAAUGACAAUUGACUUGUCAAAAUCGACGCGAAUCGCUUGUGUCAGUGUCACUCGGUGCAUUUUCACGUUCAUUCUUCAACGAGUUUGCUUCGGAAGGAAAAUCACAGAAUCAAGAUGUUCGCCCGCGCCGCCGCCAUCUCCCGCACCGGAAUGACCAACCUGGUCCGCUACUCGCACUCCCACGGAGGAAUCCCCGGCGAGAACUUGCCAUUCAGCUUGGGCAACCGCUACAAGCUGACCGCUAUGUUCAUCGUUUUCCUCGGAUCCGGUCUGGGAGCUCCCUUCUUCGUGCUGCGACACCAGCUGCUGAAGCAGUAAAUUGUGUAAGGGAUGUCUUAGUACAACAGCAGUUUUCAACGCUAUUUGUUUAGUGCUGGGAUGGGCGAGUGCGACUUUCUUAACUAGAAUGAGAUUUUUGGCUCUUUCGAUUCAAAUUUCCAAUUCGGUUAAAAAGAUAAAGUGUUAUGGGUGAAGUCGUAAUAAAUCGGUGAAGUGUAAAAGAAUAA